AUGGGGUUCUUAGAGCACUGGAUCAGGUUGAUUAUGUCUUGUGUCUCAUUGGAAAAAUAUAAGAUCAUACAUGGCAGCCACGAGGUAGGUCCGAUUCUUCCAACUCAGGAAAUUAGACAAGGAGAUCCCCUUUCGCCUUACUUGUUUAUCAUUUGUGCUAAGAAGCUUUCAGCAUUGCUUCAGAAAUAUGAGCGUAGUGGUUUGAUUCAUGGAUGCAAGGUUGCUAAUGGAGCUCCUCAAUUGUCUCAUAUUCUUUUUGUAGACGACAGUUACCUCUAUUGCAAAGCUAUGAUUCAAGAAGCUAUAUGUAUUCAAGAAUUGCUGAGGAAAUUUGAAAUGGCUUCGGGUAAUAUUGAGAUGGUGUUGCGCAAUCAACUUUGUUCGCUGCUAGAGAUAACUGUUGUAGAAGAGGGUAGCUUCUAUUUGGGUCUUCCAAGCACUCUAAGCCAAAACAAGACCAUGAUUCUUGGCUAUCUUCGAGAUAAAGUUAGGAAUCGUUUGAAGACAUGGGAAGGGAGGUUUCUCUUCAAAGGCGGCAAAGAAGUCCUCAUUAAAUCGGUGGUUCAAGCCUUUCCAAGCUACGCAAUGAACGUCUUUCUAUUACCUAUGGAGAUUAGUAGAGACAUUGAACAAUACAUAACCAAGUUCUGGUGGCAUUCCUUUAAGGAUGGCAACAAAGGGAUCAAUUGGAUGGCUUGGGAAAGACUUUGCAAGCACAAGAAAGGAGGGGGAAUGGGUUUUCAUAAUUUCUGA